AUGGGCACGCACCUCAAUGAUCACAUUCCCUUGCUGCCGGCUCUGCCUGGUGUGAAAAACAAGGGUCAGCACAAGAACUUGCAAGAGGGAAAGAAGCGCAAGGUGGAUGCCGCCCCCACUGACGCAUACAAGGAGAUUUGUUUGAUUUGGGGGUAUGAAGUCUCUCCCUGGGCUGAUGCCAAUGCUCACGCCAUUUGUCACAAUAUCAUCCUCACCGAUGGCAACAAUGUGAUUGUGCAGCGCAUCGGCCACACUCCGUACGAUCACUGGGCCGCCCACAAGCGAGAUCUGCAAAAGAUGGCCAAACUCUGCUCUCGACUGGACACGAUCAGCAACGUUGAAGGGAUGAGGGCAGAGCUAGUGCAGCUUGUUUGCAACAACUGGGAGCAUCAUGAGAUGGGCUCCUUGCAGUAUGGACCAGACUCAAGGAUUCAUUGCUGGCUGCACAGUCCACAGAUUCUGUGCGCACUGUACAACCUUGCAAGAGACCCUCUUGGGUUUGAUCCCGCUUCAAACCUCUGGCCAUGCUUCCAGCUGGAUUGUAAUGGUCAGCACUACAUUUGCAAGGAUCUGCUGCCUCUCAGCAAUGAGCGUCUUGUGGAGCACGAGAAAAAGUGUCUCUGGGACAAGCCUUGGACAUUGCUUCUGCGGGGAAGAGAGGGCUUCAUCAAGUAUGCUGGUACUGUGCACCACAACUUUGAUGGCAAUGGACCGGCAGCCCGCAACAAGGAAGACAAUGCCCGCUUGACUGCGGCCACUACCCGUCUAUCACGUUGGGCCACAGGCAAAUGGUCCUUGUAUGCACUUGUCAAUGAAUUCCCAGACUCCACUGUUCUAGAAUGGCAACAUUCUAGCGCAGAGCAAGAUGCGGAGCAAUUCUCAUCAGCAUCCUUGGUCCCCUCUCCGCCAACUCCAAAAAAGGUGGAUUGCAUCUCCAAUUCAGCCCCUUGA